AUGGAGGACCACACAGAGAGAAAAACACCUGCUAUUGCAGCAAAGGAGAGAGGUCCUGGUCCAGGUGGGUACAACCUCCCUCCCACUGUGGGUUUUGUUGGUCAUGAUUACACAAAACACUCCAGCCCAGCAUAUUCUUUUUAUGGACGACCAGCUUACUCUGCUCAGCUGAGCAAGUCCAGCCCUGGACCUCGAUAUUAUGUGGACCCCAAUCUGACCCGUUUUGGCCGCAGUGCUGGGCCCGCUUAUUCCAUGCUUUCACGUGGAAGGUCUACAGAAAAGAAGACAACAUCUCCUGGUCCUGGAAGUUAUAGUCCAGAGAAGAGUCUGAUCCCCAGCCACCACAGACCACCAUCCUAUUCCAUUAGCUCUCGAACUCGUUAUCGCUCGAUUGACCAGGUUCCUGCACCAAAUACGUAUUCUCUUCCUCCAGUGCUUGGAUCACAUGUUAAAGACAAAGUUUCUGCUCCUGCGUUCAGUGUGUCUGGAAGGUACCGCCAUGGCGGAUAUUCUGAAGAUUUGGCUCAAACACCAGGCCCAGCCCACUAUCUCCAAACAGAUCUUAGCUCUUAUAUGAAGAAAGGGCCUGCUUACUCCAUGCUUGCUAGACAAACAGGAGCAAAAGCAGUCCCCGUCACUCCAGGGCCUGCGGCUUAUAGCCCUGAGAAGGUAAAAAGCCACAAGAGCCGUGCACCUGCAUUCUCGUUAGGAAUCCGACACUCUGAAUACACUACUCCGCUCAUCAUAGAUGUGUCUAACUAAGAGAACAGAACAGCUACUCCACUCAGCAACUUAUUCCUCUUAAACAAAUGUGUUACUCACCAAGUUUCCUAGCAUACAUUGCUCUCUUUCUCACAUUAGACGUUUAGAUUUAUGAAUUCUCUCGUCCAU